AUGGAUUUUACUUCAGAUUUGAGUAGCGAUGUCAAUGUGUCCAGAAAUGAUGGCGGUCACCACAGCUCAAGUUCCAGCUUCCUGGGGAUCGCCAAUAGAACUACUAAGACGUUACCAACGACAACUGACAAAUCAAGCGAUUUAGAAUUGAACAUGCUGAGUGCAUCAGAUAGAAAACAGUUAAAAUUGGAGGAUACGAGAGAGAAAUUAUUAUUAGAACGAGAAAAGUUGUUAAAAGAAGUUGAUGAGUUGAAUAUAGAACUUCAAAACACUCCAGAAGGAAAUGGUACAGAAUUACCACAACCGGAGGAACUCGAAACUGAGGAUACGAAUGACGAAAUUGAUCACAAUAUGGCCAAGACUUUAAUGGAUUUAAUGUCAAUAUCUUCAAGAAAUAACAGGUUUCCAAAUAUUGAUGAUAGAAAUCAGCUUCCUUCUAAUAAAAUUGAUGGGAACUCUUCAAUGCAAGAUGAGUUAGCCUCAAAAUAUGAUACUCUACCUCUAUUGAAUAUGAAUGUAAGAUUAAGAUACUUAAGGCAAUAUUUAUAUCCGCAUAUGAAAAUGGAUAUUGUGGAGAGAGUUAACGAAAAAUCUAAUAAGAAAAUUACUGUUACUAUACGCUUUUUAAGAAACGUAAAACAUAUUGUAAAAAUAACGUUUAUAAUGCUAUAUGAUUCAUCCGAACAAACUUUACAAUCAUUUGAAAUAUCCAAGUUCACCCCAUCAACAUUGAAUUUGAAUAUGAGAUCAUUCAUAAAAAAACAUUCAGACAAUCCAACGGCAAUAUUAUUUUGUCUCAGUGAAUAUGAUAGAUUGCUUUGGAAGAGACAAGAAUUGUUUAGUGGCAUUGUUGGAAAAUUUCGUUCCUGGAUCCAAGAUUCGUUUUUUGAGAACCAAUCAAAUUAUAUGGAUAUUGAACGUGAGAUUGUCCUUAACAAUGCAAACCAGAAUAAUAAUCUUAUUAGACUUACAAUUAAAAUCGAAAUACCUGAAGGUUCUGUCAUACCCCGCUCAAAAAUAAAUCUGGAAAUAUUUGCUGAUGGAACGUUGGUCACUAAGCCUGAUGUGAAUCAAAUGUUGUUUGAAUUAAUGAAAGAGUAUGGCUUGAACGCAUCUCUUAAACAUUUAAUACGAGGAGCUCUCUUCCCAUGA